GAUUCUCUAUACGUUUCUCCUGCAAUGGCUACGGUUCUCCCAGAACCAGAGGGAAUCCCCUGUAUCCGCCCGGCUGCGUCCUACGAUCCCCUCACAGAGCUCUCGAAACCAUUCACAAUCGACCCGGCUUCUCGAUCAUACAAGCACCAGUAUGCCAACAUCUACUUUGUGAGGUUGGUCGAGCAGCGCCCUGCUGUUGAGAAGAAGGCUACGGAAAAGUGGAAGGAUGUUAAGGGCAAUCCACCGCUUUUACCGCGUAUCCUCAACUUGACCCGGUCACAGCUUUGCUAUAUCGUCGGUACAGUUUAUAUGGAAAUGCCUCUGAAACCCAAUAUUCUGGAAGAUAUGGCUCGAGACCACUGGCUCGCUGCACCUAUUCCAAGAACGAAAUUCUUUUCCGCUCAAGAUUCCAUCCACCUUGAAGAUGAGUCAGGCCGAGUGCGACUGAUAGGCGAUGCCAUCCAGAGGGAAAGAGAUAGGGAAGGAGGUGGUCUUGUGACGGGAGUGAUCAUGGCCGCAUUGGGGAUGGAAACUCCUUCCGGGGAUUUCGAGGUGAUCGACAUAUGCUUUGCAGGAAUGCCCGAUAAGCUUGUUCUUAACCCUGCGCCAUCCAGUGCCAAAAGAAAAGGAAAAGAAAAAGUUGAAAAUGACGAGGACAUUGAUAUGCAAGAAGAUGCUAAAAUUGAACUCCCAGAGAAUGCAAAAACUUGGAUAGCUAUGGUGUCUGGUUUGUCGAUCGGUACCCAAGAAGCGUCGACGGAUCUCAAGGCUGAAAUGUUGGUCGAAUGGUUGAUGGGAGAGAUUGGAGGACAUUCAGAUCAGCUGGGUGGUGGACGGAUAGCGCGGUUAAUCAUAGCGGGUAACUCUUUAACACUUCCUGUAAAAGGUGAAGAUGAUAAAAAGAUUAAACGCUUCAACUCCACCUCCAAACCCCUCUUCCCCAACCACCCGACAAAAACCCUUGCAACGCUUUUCGCCGACCUUCUUUCCUCAUCUCUACCUAUUCACCUUAUACCCGGACCGUCCGACCCUGCGGGUGCCACUCUUCCUCAACAACCUUUGCCGAAAAUCUUAUUUGGAGGUAAAGCGAAAACAGAAGGACUGGAGUGUGAGACAAACCCUACAUGGAUGGAAGUUGGCGGAAGAAGCUUCCUUACUACCGGUGGUCAGGCAAUAGAUGACAUUUUUAAAUACGUGCCCGGCAACUCUAGACUAGGUAUGACACAACGUACAUUAGAAUGGCGGCAUAUGGCACCUACAGCACCCGACACCCUGUGGAUAUACCCCUUCCCUGACACUGACCCUUUUAUCAUGAAUUAUCGACCGGACGUGUAUAUUGUUGGUAACCAACCAGAGUUUGAAACGACCAUUAUUGGAGAUGAGGACGCUCCCACACGUCUUGUACUCCUCCCAUCAUUUGCCAAGACGGGCGUAAUUGCUUUUGUCUGUCUCGAAACGCUGGAAUGCAGGACGCUUGAAUUUGAGGCGCCCAUGUGGGUUGGAGAAACCAUGGCUGGUGAAGCAGAGGGCGUUGAUAAUGAAGAAAUGGAAUCAUAGAAUCUUUAGCACGAGGCAUUGUUUUGGGUCAUAUCAUUCAUUUGUAACAGGUAAUAUAGCUUCCUCAACUGAUGCCGAGUUGGUUAGAAUUGAAGAAAAAACGUAUAUGGAUUAGCAGCUGCCUAAUCUGAUAAUAGGAAUACCGCGGUGUUCUUCAAAAUCCUUUCUGCAUCGGCUCCUCAUUUACAACCGGGGCAUGACAAUGGGCAUGCAAUCUGAUACAUAAAUCGUCC